GUGGCAGUCUUAGUCUUGUUUGGGGCUCUGACCGUUGCAGACGGUGUCCUGAGAGCACAGUGCCGGCCUAAGUAUGGUGCAAGUGAGAGUGAACGAGGGUCUGCUGGAGGGAGAGCGAGUGGACAACCAUUACGGAGGCUCCUUCUAUAGCUUCAAGGGAAUACCGUACGCGGAGCCACCAGUCGGGGAUCUGCGGUUCAAGGCACCGAAACCUCCAAAGGCUUGGGGCGGAGUUCGUUCUGCUAAGGAAUUUGGCCCGAAAUGCUACCAAAAUGACCUUUUCAUGAACACUGGAAUAGUUGGUGAAGAAGAUUGUUUGUACCUAAACGUGUACACACCUGAGAUCAAACCUGACAAGGCUUUACCAGUAAUGUUCUGGAUACAUGGAGGAGGCUUCUUCUGUGGUAGUGGUAACGAUGACCUUUAUGGUCCAGAGUUCCUUAUCAGGCACGGUGUCAUCCUUGUCACCAUCAACUACAGAGUAGAUGUGCUCGGUUUUCUUUGUUUGGACACAGAGGAUAUUCCUGGCAACGCAGGCAUGAAAGAUCAGGUACAAGCUCUUAGAUGGGUGAACAAAAAUAUUGCUAGCUUCGGUGGUGACCCCAACAACAUAACCAUAUUUGGCGAAAGUGCCGGUGGAGGCAGCGUCAGUUACCAUUUAAUAUCUCCGAUGUCUAAAGGUUUGUUUAAAAGGGCCAUUGCUCAGAGUGGGGCGUCUACUUCGCCCUGGGCCCAAGCUGUUGAGCCUCGCGAAAGAGCUUUAGCAUUGGCUAGAAGCCUUGGAUUUUAUUCUGAGGACGAUAAAGAAUUGUAUGAAUUUUUCAAAAAUCAACCAAAGGAGUCAAUAGUGUGUAUUCCUGUAGCACCAACAUUCUCCGAAGCCUUCAGAGGUGGGUUAGAAAUCAACUUUACUGUUGUAAAUGAAAAGAAAUUUGGAGAUAACGAGAGAUUCUUUUACGGAGACAUGCUUGAUGCAGUGUCAAACGGUGUUCACGAAGGAGUAGAAAUCAUGACGGGGACUACUACAGAGGAAGGUCUCAUUAUUUUCGGAGACCUAGAGGUUACUAAAAAGUUAUUAGAAUCAGCAAGAGCAUUCCCAGAAUCCUUCAUUAGUAAACAACUGGCAUUCACCGUCCCAUUGAAUCAGCAGCUAAAGAUGGGAAGGGAAUUCAGAAAGUUUUAUUUCAAAGACCAGGUCAAUAUCCCAAAUGAUUGGGAUAAAUGGAUGAAUUUCGUUUCAAUGCAGAUGUUCGGAUACCCAACAAUGCAGUGGGUGAGACAUUGUGCUAAAGCGAAGAAACACAAGCUGUAUGUGUAUAAGUUUUCUUGUAAGUCUAAGAGAAAUAUGAUAGCUGUUUUGAGAGGACUCACUGAGAUGCUUGGAGACAGACAAGUUACGUCUCAUGCUGAUGAUAUAGCCUAUCUUUUUAACCCUAAACUGAUGAAAUUAAAAGUGGACACUGCUUCCGAGGAGUUCAAGCUGAUAGAAAGAGUGGCAACGCUUUGGACCAAUUUUGCUAAAUACGGAAACCCAACGCCUGACGAUUCUCUGGGAGUUAAGUGGGCACCGUACACCCUGGAAAAACAAGAAUAUCUGGACAUUGGAAACGAGCUAAAAGCGGGCACCGCGCCUGAUGCUGAAGAAACACAAUUCUGGGAUAAAUUGUAUGAAAAAUAUGUAUUGUGAUUUUAUCUAGACUUUCCAUAGGAUUGGUGGUGUUCCCUUUAGGGUCGAAAAAUAUAGCAUUCUUAUAUAUUACACGGAUAUAUAUGUUAA